ACAGAAUGACUAUUGCAAGCACUUGCUUCCCUCAUAAAAAUAUACAUAAGGCAACAUGGAAGUCACCUGAUGGUCAUACACAGAACCAGAUUGACCAUGUUCUCAUAGAUAGACGGCAUGCUUCAGAUAUAAUGGAUGUAAGAGCCUUUAGAGGGGCAGAUGUGGACUCUGACCACUACCUGGUGAUGGCAACAUGCAGGCAGAGAAUAUCACGACUGCAUCCAAUAAGAAACCCAAGAGUGACAAACUUUGACACAGAUAAAUUGAAGACUAGGGAAAUUGCUGUGCAAUAUGAAGAGAAAGUAAAGCAUCUAUUAGCACCUGGAGAGAUGGAGGGAGUCAAUGAUGUGGAGCAUGAUUGGGAAAUAUUGAAAGGGGCUUUGACAAGAGCAGCAGAGGAAACAUUAGGCAACAUGCGACCUGUUUGGAGGAAAGAAUGGUUUGACCAAGAAUGCAGAGAAGCAAUAAGCAUGAGAAAUGAAGCAAGGCAGAGAGCACUGCAAAGAGUGACCAGGAAUACCAGAGAGGCGUUUGUAAGAGCCAGGACUCUGGCAGUAAACACAUCUAGAGCAGUACUGAUAAGAGACAAACAUGGAAAUCUGGCUGGGGACCCAGCUGCGGUUCUGGAUCGAUAGGCAGAAUAUUUUGAGAAUUUGUUGAAUCCCAUCGGUGAGAGAGGUGGGUCCAGAUUUUUGGAAGACCAAC